CCAAAAUAGAUGACGAACGCCAAUGGUUGUGGAGAGGAAACGUGCGGAAAAGUAGAGGGAGAAGGGCGAAUAAAAAAUUAAUGGCGACUGCCAAACACCACCAUCAUUAAACCAUUGAAAAAUAGUAAAUUUUGCAAAAAACUACGAUGAAGGCGCCGAUAAAAAUGUACCAUUUGAAGCCGGUGGUGGUGCACGAUUUUGCGGUGGAAGUGCCGAAAUGCAUGUACCGACUGGAGAGCAUUCACAAGCUGAAAAAAGUCGAUGACCCAAAGCUGAGUGUGUCUUCGCCGGAGAAAAAACUGGACAUAUUCGACCAGAACUGCCAGGACGUUCCCGGAAUGGCGGAGUUAGAAGCUAAACAAUGUGAGAUUUUAGAACAGUUAGCCGCAUUAAAACAGCAAAUUUCCACCCUUAAGAAGGACUUACUCAUCCAAAACGAGCCGGCUUCGAAACGAACUCCCACAGUGGCUGUUUGCCCCCGAGUUGUACCAAAUAUUAAGGCAUUACCUGAAAGCUUAGUAAUCACCGCCAAUCCAUCCAGUCCACCAUACGCACUCCAACUAGUGCAGCGGUUACUUCAGAACGAAAUCGGCUUGGUUAUCGUUUCCUACGUACAUUCCUCAGUCGUCUCCCUAUCCGAUGCAGUAAAGAGUCUGAAGGAGUCUCUGAGCAGUUUCCAACCACCCUCAGGCGUGCCAGUAGUCAACGUGAAACUUAUUUGGAAAAACAUUGGAUCCAACUCUGAAUUCCUACUGUCGCAAACGGUGGUAUCUGGCGAAGUGAAUUUUCUAAGAUUCCUAUCACGGUUAACGAAAACCACACUGACGUACGAGAACGAUUCGAAUGCGCUCGAAGUUGACUCGCUUUUGGAUCAGUGCUAUCUUCUAGUGCGAACAAAAACCAAAGUGGAAAGAAGUGGCAUCAUUCAGUCGCUGAGUAAAGCGCUGGCUAAGGCGUCGUGGAUUGCAGGAAGCAACCAAGCAGGCAUAGUAGAUGUGGCUGCCUUCUCAGCUAUCAGACAAUGUGGGAUUUCCAACGAGCUCAACCCCAACUUGACCAAAUGGUAUCAAAAAUGUGCCUCCUUGAUUGCUUCUUAAUAUUCUGAAGCUUUAAUAAACUAUAUUUAACUUGA